AUGGAUAGUGGCCCCUGGCAUCUUGCACGCACAUUCAUACACGGAAGGGUUGUAUGCUCNNNGUGGCGGUACGUGGUGGGCCUGGCCACCCUCUGGAAGCGCAAGUGCCAGCGGGACGGGUUUUACGCACACAGCUUGGACAGAACCGUCUCUGACUGGAGGGUCUUCUACAUGCUCUGCAGCCUGAAGAGAAACUUGGUCAAAAACCCCUGCGCUGAAGAGAACUUUAAGCACUGGAAACUUGACAAUAAUGACGGAGAUAAAUGGAAGAUUGAGGAUCUGCCUGGGGUUCACGGAAGAGAGAUGCCAGACCCCAAAGUCCACAAAUACUUUGUCACUUCAUAUGGGCCAUGCUUUAAGUCUCAACUCAUUACCCUGCAGAAAGAAGGAUACUGGAAUCAGUUGAUGGAUGAGAAAAGGCCUGAAAUUGUAGUGAAGGACUGGUAUGCUGCCAGAUUUGACUGCGGGUGUCGCUAUGAAAUUACAGUGAGGCUCCUUUCUGAAGAUUACAUCGUCCUCGAGGAGUUCCACCCUGAGCCCGUGGUUAUAGAGCAGUGGAGCGAUGCAAUGUGGAGAGAGAUUUCUCACACCUUCCAGAAUUACCCAGCUGGAGUUCGGUACAUCUGGUUUCAGCAUGGAGGCCAAGACACCCAGUUCUGGGCAGGCUGGUACGGGAUCCGAGUGACAAACAGCAGCAUCACCAUCGGGCCCUCGACACUGUUAUGAAGGCGCAGUAUAAGUGUUUGCUUUUACCUCAGGACUGUAAGCGGGUGGUCUCAGGUGCACUUAUUUGUCUGUACUCUCUGGGUGAGUGUCCUG